UCCCUAGUUUCCACUUCCACAGUGCAGUGCAACAAAUAACAAGUAAAUAAAUAGGCAGCGCCGAGAGUUAAACGAAUAAAUUGCACCCCGCAGCGCGUCAAGUGGGCUGGGUACCGAAAUCGCGGGUUAUCUGCUUCGCUGGUGCGGCUGCCUCCACUGCGUCCGCCGUAUCAGUCGCUCGCCGGAGCGCUGGGAGCACGGAAGCCACACAAAUAGAGGCGCAUUUGGAGCAGCGCACAACCAGUCCGUCCGCUGCUGCGGCGGCACGCGGAUACGGGUCAUCGGAUCAUCGGAUUGCCAUGUCCUACUUCACGCACUCGACCAGCAGCGACCUGGUCAACCUGAAUGUGGGUGGUCAGCGCUUUUCCACGUCGCGGCAAACGCUUACGUGGAUCCCGGACACCUUCUUCACGGCCCUCCUAAGCGGACGCAUCUCUAGCCUGCGGGACGAGCACAAUGCCAUCUUCAUUGACCGCGAUCCCACGCUCUUUUCGAUCAUCCUCAACUACCUGAGGACCAAGGACAUCGACAUCAAGAACUGCGAGAUACGCGCCCUGCGGCACGAGGCCGAGUACUAUGGCGUUACGCCGCUGACCAAGCGCCUGGCGCUCUGCGAGGACCUCAAUCACUCGUCCUGCGGCGAUGUGCUCUUCUACGGCUUCCUGGCUGCCCCGCCCAUGCCCUCAAAUGAAGCCUUGCCAGCUGCCGCCGCCGCUGUGGUUGAUGAGCCGCUGCCCUCCAGCUCGUCAGCCCGUCCCGGCUCCAUGGUGCGCGUCCCCGAGCCCUCGCGCUCCUCACACUCGCGGAACUCUUCGUGGGAUCUGCGAUUGGGUCGCACAGGAAGCAGCGGUGGACCCAAUCCGCCAGCUCCCAUGCUGCACUCACGCCAACCAUCGAUGGACUUUAUGCGGCACUCGCGCAACUCCUCGGCGGAUCUGAACAAGGCGUUUCGCAAUGAAGUGGGCCUGGUCUUUAGCCCCACUCAGAACUCCAACUGGGUGGAUCCGAUGCGGGUGCAGAUCAUCAAGGCGCACCAGAACUGGAUAGCAGUGGCCUACGCUCACUUUGUGACCUGCUACCGCGUCAAGGACUCAAAUGGGUGGCAGCAGGUCUUCACAUCGCCGCAUAUUGAGGCGACCAUCGAAAGGAUCGCCAUUAACUCGAAGGUGAACACCUCGGCGGCGGAACCGGUGCCCAGCAAGAUGGUAGCCAUCUCUUACGGCAGUCAAAUCCGCUUGUGGAGCAUCCAGGAGGGAGGCCAGAAAACGGAUGUGGGCACCUUUAAUCUGAAUGUGCGGGUGGAGUACCUGUUCUUCAUCGGCAGCCAGCUGGUGGCCCUGUCCUCGUCCGGCAAGAUCGGCGUUUGGCACGCGAUGACGCAGCACUGGCAGAUCCAGGAUCUGGUGCCCGUGCUCUCCUUCGACUCGGCCGGCUCGUUCCUUCUGCUGGGCUGCAACAAUGGGUCCAUCUACUACAUAGACAUGCAGAAGUUCCCGCUGCGGAUGAAGGACAACGAUCUGCUGGUCACCGAGCUCUACAAGGAUGUCACUUUGGAUCCAAUCACGGCCAUUUCGGUGUACUUAACACCAAAAACCUCCAGCAUCAGUGGCAAUUGGAUCGAGAUUGCCUACGGCACCAAGUCGGGCGCCGUGCGGAUCAUCGUACAGCAUCCGGAGACAGCUGGCCACGGGCCACAUCUCUUCGAGACCUUCUUUGUCCACCAGAGUCCCGUGACGAAGGUGAUGCUGUCGGAGAAGUACCUUGUCUCCGUGUGCAGCGAGUACCAUCACGUGCGCACCUGGAGUCUGACUCGCUUCCGGGGAAUGCUCUCCACGCAGCCGGGCUCCACGCCGGAGGCCUCCUUUAAGAUCGUCUCGCUGGAGGCCACCGACACGAGCUACAGCUAUGCGGCUGGCAAUGAUUUUGGGCCCUACGGCGAUUACGACGACAUGAUAUUCGUGCAGAAAGUGGUUCCGGAGACGGAUCAGCUGUAUGUGCGCCUGGCCUCCAACGGGGAUCGCGUGUGCGUCAUCCGAUCCGUGGACAGCUCCACCAUUUCGGCCUUCUGUGUGCACGAGUGCGAGGUAUCGUCGCGCAUGGGCUCACGUUUCAUACUCACCGGUCACUGCAACGGCGCCAUCCAGAUGUGGGACCUCACCACCGCUUUGGCGCUGCUCUCCAAGGAUGAGCCGCAGCAGAAAACCAACGGCGGACCCGACACCAACGAGCUUCUCCGCCUACUUGACCAGUGUGAAAUCAGCAAUUCAUCAUGCACAACUCCUUGUAUGUCACCGUGUCUAUCAGCUAUGGGCAACGGCUCUGGACUGGCCUCCUCCUCCUCCGUAGCCCGGAUGAAGGCCAGCAACAUAGCGCUGCUCAAUCGGGAACCCAUGGGAAUGGCUGUUCCGGUGCAGCCGGUGCAACCCAAUCUUCCGGCGGCACUGGCGGCGGCGCCCGCUGCUGUUAUCCCGAUGGCUGACGACAACAACGAAUGAGACGUGGAAGCGGCUGCUUGGUCGGCGCUUGUCGGGCGCGUUUCAUUGUUAACAUUUCACAGGUGUAGCUUGAUCUUCGACUACCAGUUUAUAUUCCUGCAGUUCGUGGUGUGCGGCCUCAUCUACGUCUGGGUGACGCGGCUUAUGGGUCGCGAUGGACUGCCAGCAGGCAUUUACCCAAUCAGAUAAUCUCCAUUAUAUGUGCUCGAUGUGGUUGCAAGUGUAUUCCCGUUACCCCUUCUAUGUUAGUAUUUUUAAAACGUCUCUGUUCUAGUUAAAGUUAUAUGAAAUUAGUUAAAACCAUAGUUAAAACAAUGUAAAACCAGAGUAUAAGACUUCUGCAACCGAUCUAUAAUUAGUACAACUCUGAAAAGGGUGCUCCACCGGGACAGACUCGAAACCUUAUCAAAUGUAGAUCCGCUGAGGAUAAGAUUCGUUUGCCGAAAACAAAGAAAGUUCAUUGAACAACUAAUUAGUUCUUUGUUCUCACGUUGUUUAGCCUUGAAGAUAAUUAUUUGUGAUUUAGAAUUGAUUUAGAGUCUGUCCUGGUGAAAACCCUCUUAUCAAAACAUAUUGAUCCGCCUUGUUGCAACCCGUAAGCAGAUAUACAUCUCCAUACAUAUGCAAUAUAAAUAAACAUAAUUGUAUACCUACAGAUAUCGAAAAUAGCAA